CUCCGUUGAGCGUCAGUGCCAUGACAACAGGACGAUGGCUGCAAGCAAGAGGGGGAGAAAUGUGAUGUUUGCAUGAACCCGGAGCAACGAACGGUGGGCUUUUACGGACUAAGUAAUUUUUUAUAAGGAGGCGGCAUGUCUCUGUUCAAGGCCCGUGAUUGGUGGUCAACAGCACUUGGCGAGGGCGAGGAGUUUGACCAGGGGUGCCUGUGUGUCGGAGACGUGGACAACAGUGGCACUGGACAUGACAAAGUUGUGGUGGGCAGCUACAUGGGAAUGCUGCGGAUCUUUUCGCCACAUGCCAGUAAGUCCAGUGAGGGAGGUCCGGCUGACCCCCAGCUCCUAGAAGUUCAGCUUCAAAAUGCCAUCAUUCAGAUUGAAGUUGGCAAGUUUGUCUCGUGUUCAGAGCUUCUUCACCUGGCUGUCCUUCAUCCCAGGAAGCUGUCGGUCUACUCUGUUUCAGGGACUGCAGGAAAUGUGGAGCAUGGCAACCAGUACCAGCUAAAGUUGGUCUAUGAGCACAACCUGCAAAGAACAGCCUGCAACAUGACUUAUGGCACCUUUGGAGGAGUCACAGGUCACCAUUCCCUGUGUAUCCAGUCUAUGGAUGGGAUGCUGAUGUUCUUCGAGCAGGAUAGCUACUCCUUCGGCAGGUUCCUCCCUGGUUUUCUGCUGCCCGGCCCACUGACCUACAACCCCAGAACAGACAGCUUCCUCACCGUGUCGUCGGCACGCCAGCUGGAGAGCUACAAGUAUGAGACUCUGGCUGUGGCAACCGAUGCAGAGAGUCGACAAGAUCCUGACUUGCCUCUCAAGACUGGAGGAAAGAGGCUGACGCCUGAGUGGACCUUUGUCCUGGGAGAACAAGCUCUGGACCUCUCUUUGCCCUCCUUCUCCCACUCCUCUGCCUCCAUAUUUGUUCUGGGUGAGAGGAACCUCUACUGUCUCCGUGACAAUGGACAGAUUCGCUUCAUGAAGAAGCUAGAGUUCAACCCCAGCUGCUUUUUGCCCUACACCUCAGUGACAGAUGGCACCACAAACCUGUUGCUAGGCAACCACACCAACAUGCUGCUGGUUUACCAGGACGUGACUCUGAAGUGGGCAGCCCAGCUCUCCUUUGUGCCUGUGGCUGUUCGUGUCGCCAACUUCCCGGAUCUGAAGGGAGUUGUGGUCAGUCUGAGUUCAGAUGGUCAUCUCAUGUGUUCAUACAUGGGCACUGACCCAUCCUUCUUCUCCACUCCCAAAGUGGAUGCCAGGGAGGCUGAUUAUGAGCAGGUGGAGGCUGAGAUGAAGAAACUCCAGAAGUUCAUCCGAGAGGCCACCAGGACUCAGGACAUACUGCCCAAAGCUGACACUGAGGAGGACCUUUGCAUUACAAUUACUGUGUCCUCUAGCAUGGACAACCCUUCGCAAGCUGUUAUCCAAGACAUUGGUGGUCUGCCUGUCCCUUCAGUGACCGUACAGGUGAAGGUGAAGGCCAGUUGUGUUGUGCAGUCCUCCAAGCUGACCAUUGGCGUCCAGCCUCCUCUGGCCGUCACUCAGGACCAGUUUGUUCUGGAGCCCAUGGGCGUUGGUUCAUCCACAGUUGUGGCGUUUUCAGCUUUUGUCAAUGGCCGGUACCCCCCUGCUGAUUUGAACGGAGACAUCACUGUGUCCUACAGCUCACCAACAGAGCUUAAUCCCAAAGGAGUUCCCAGGGUUCUCCAGUCCAGGUUCAGUCUUCCUCUGGCAUUGGUCUGCAUACCAUCAUCUCCAGCUAAAGCCACUAAGUUUAAAAUCACAGUGGACACCAACCAGCCACCAGUUGACCUCAGUUCUAUGUUCAAAGAGUUUUCAGCAAAAUCUGAAGAUAAGGAUGGGAACAGUUUGGCUUUCCAGUUUCUGUCAGGAGCCAAGGUUACCGUGUUGGCCUCCAAGACCUCCCAACGUUACCGUAUCCAGAGUGACAGCUUUGAGGACAUGUGGUUGGUGGUGAAGGAGCUGGUUCAGAGGUUUGACCAGCAUUUCUCCAAACUGGGAAUCAAGGACUUCAAGAAAAUUUUCAGUGGACCACUCCCCCUCCAGGAGUACUUCCUGUCUGUAGACCAUCACUUCCAGCUGCGUGUCAGUGCUCAGCAGUAUCAGGACCUGCUGUCGGAGCGAGCGGUCCAGUUCAGAGCCAUCCAGCGCCGCCUGCUGACUCGAUUCAAGGACAAAACCCCAGCACCACUGCAGAACCUGGACACACUGCUGGACGCCACUUACGGCCAGGUGAUGGCCCUGGCUGAGGCUGCGGAGGAGAACCGGGCGCUGCUGGAUGAGGCGUUUGUCCGUCUGCGGAGCGCCACACACCUGCUUGUGUUGCUGCUGUCACUGUGGCAAGGCCUGACCCCAGAUCAGACUGCCAUCCUAGAGGCCACGCUGCUGCCGCUGCUGCAGGACACGCCACAGCUGGGCUGGGAAGAGAGCUGUGACGCUGCUGUCUCUCACCUCCUGCGCAGCUGCUUGUCGCGGAGCCCCAAGGACCAGGCAACAUCUCUGGCCCAGACUGGAGGCCCUGUGCUGGGCCUCCCCCGUGACACUACCCGCCUCAAGAAGCACAUCACCUUGCUUUGUGAUCGCAUCGGCAAGGGAGGCCGUCUCACCCUGGCAUCUGAGGCCAAUGUCCCGGUCCCUGCCCAGGUCCACAAUCUGGCUGCUCCCGGAGGUGUUGAGCCUAUAGCAGAGGUGGCUGGUGAUGGGGAAGAGAUGGAGCUUCCACAAGAAGCAACAAAGUUCAUCAAGAAGAAACAGCCAUCUAAGAAAGUCAAGAAGGAAAAAGACAAAGAGAAGAAAGAUGCGUCCAGGACAUCCUCAGAGGUGGCUGUAAAAGAAGAAGCAGAGGAACCUGUCAAGGAGGCAAAAAAGGAGAAGAAGGAGUCGUCCAAGGAAAAGAAGGAGUCAAAGAAGGAUUCGAGCAACGAACCAAAGGAGGAGUCAAAGAAGGAGUCAAAGAAGGAAUCAUCUUCCUCUAAGGAGAAGAAGGAAUCCUCAAAGGAGAAGAAAGACAAGGACUCAGGGGAAAAGAAAGUGUCCAGGAAGUCAUCUGUAAAAGUGAAAGAGAAGAAGAAGGAGCCAGAGGCUGGAGAGGGCUAACAGGAGCUGUGCAAUAAGCUCACGUGAUAUGCAUACAGACACAUUCAAAAAAAAGUACAGAUAAAAGACAAGAUACAUGUCUAAAGGUCAUAUACAUGUAAAUAGUUUACAUGUAAACACAAACAAGGCCAUGUAAUCUAACCCUGCACAGAUACACAUUCUCAUAUGCACUCUAAAUAUAUAUAUUUAUAUGUAAAUAUACUCAGUCAAGGUCACAUUUUUCAGGCGCAGAGCAAUUUCCUCCUAGACGCAUAUUUACAGUACAUCUCCUGGUAAUAGCUGAUCCUCACACACGCACGUACACAGGCUGCUGAACCACACCACAUCCAGUAGUUUUGGUGUGUGUGCUGGGCGACUGUGGUGAGGUCUGAGCCCACGGAGAGUGAGGACCAAGGCAAGAUCCUCGUCCUCGUUCUCAGACGUUUUCGCUGACUCUCCGCUUCCUCCUCGUCUUCUUCGUCCUGCCUCAGCAGCAGUUGAACCCACAGAUCUGCACCUCCCUAAUCCCAGUCAGGCCCCAAACCACCCCUCCGCCCACGCGCACUUGUGGAUGUGACGUCGGACACGCCCUCUCGCCCCCUCGCGUGGCACCAGUCCCCGCCGGAGCCUCCUCCGCCUGUCCGCUAAGAAUAAAUUGCCCGUCGAGUCCAGCCACCCUGCUGCUUCCGGGUAAGUCAAGGCCACAUCCUACAGCCACCACCGCUGCUGCCGCUGCCCCCUCUGACCUCCUCCUGUGAUUUUCUGGGACACUCAAGGACAUGUGGCGGCUGAUGGACACAUACCCGUUGCUGUGGGGUCAAACCUGAGACUGUUUUUAUGUGAUGAAAACCAAUAGGGCGUUCCUGGAAAAGUAGGAGGCAAUCAAGAGUUUAACACCCCGUCCUUUUUGCUCAUGUGCAAGACCGUGAUGAAAGGGAGUCUAGUUUAAACAGCGCCAUACAACUAUACUAUCGUAAGAGGAGCAAUAGAGGAAGAAUAAAGUCUUUCACCAGCAAAUACAUACACAUGGAGAUUUUAGUAUAAACUGCACACAGUACUAAAUUAUGUUUAUAGAAUUAAAUUAGAGUAAUGAAACAUAUUUUGUAUGUGAUUCAAGCUGCUUAGACGCAGCUGACAUUGGAAGGGUGUACAAGAAGGGAGUUUCCAAAGCUACUGAACAAGAAGUUCUCACAGGGCUCAGAGGUACCUUUAAAUAUUACAAACAAAAGUCUAUUUAAAAAAAGUUUAUGCUGCAUUUUUCAAAUUCCACUAUGUGUAUGUGUUGUGGGGGUAAAGGAAGAAGACAAAAAUCUCAGAAUCUGGGCUCUUCAAACCAAAAUUGGCUGCGUGUUUAGAAACCAGGAGAGCUAAAUGAGGGGAAAAAGACAAUAAAAGAGAUAUUCAGAGAGUAUGUGCUGCUUUUGGACACACACACACAGCUUUGAGCUGUAUUUCUGCCAGAAUUAAAACUCGUAUUCUUCAGCCAUAGAUGCUAUGCCAGGUUCACCAACAACAAUCCAAGCAGCUCUGCGCUACACUUCAUUUCCAUGUGUCCAUGUGUCCAGUGUCAGCCACUCUGUCCACUGGGAAACUUAUCUUUUAGCCUGUAUUGUGUAACAGAUUGUGUAACAGAUUGCCGUGCUGGUCAAGACUUCUGCUGAAGUUAAUUCACAAAAACUAGACAUAGUUUUGCUGUAUUUCUGUUUGUUUGUUUUUUAGUUUUUUAAAAAAUGUGAAUAUUUGGGACUUUGAACCAGCAUCAGCUCAUCCACGCCAAGAAGGAUAGAUAGACGAUGGAUAGAAGUCUGUGAUGUUACAGAGGUUUCCAGUGGACACAAGGUACUACAUGUUACUGUUUCAGAAUAUUUUAAAUGUUUGUAAUAUAGAGUAGGUUUUGUAAAUGUUGUGUUAGUAAUUCAGGUGUUCCAGGCUCCUGUUCUGAGUCUGCUUUUAUAGCCACAAGUCAUUCCCAAAGGAGAGUUCAGCACUUCAGAAUAACUGACAACUUUGUCUUUAGCGUGCAGUCUGUAGAAGGUCCCCAUCCAUCUGAAUGAAAUAAACCAUAUUUAUGAAAUAUUUAGUAAUAAAAGUAUUCUACUCUGAGUAAUAAAAGAUUUUCUGUUUCUAAUUAA